CUCCCGCCAGCGGCCAAUGGCGGCGCGCGUUCUUGGGGCGCGGGCGAAGCAGGGAGCUCUCCGUUGGCCGCCAGUGUGUGGGCUGGGGUUGGUGCGGGCUCCCCGCUCAGGCCGUAGUUCUGCUCCGGGGGCUUUUGUGCUGGGUCUUGGCCCCGCUCCGCGUCCGGUCCGCCCUGCUCGGCCCCGCGGCGCUCGUCCCGGGCGGGAAAGCCACAAAGAAAACUGAUAAACCAAGAAUAGAAGACAAAGAUGACCUCGAUGUAACAGAGCUCUCUAAUGAAGACCUUCUGGAUCAGCUUGUGAGAUAUGGAGUGAAUCCUGGUCCUAUUGUGGGAACAACCAGGAAGCUUUAUGAGAAAAAGCUGCUGAAACUGAGAGAACAAGGAACAGAAUCAAGAUCUUCUACUCCUUUACCAACCAUUUCUUCUUCAGAAAAUACAAGGCAGAAUGGAAGUAACGACUCUGACAGAUACAGUGACAACGAGGAAGGAAAGAAGAAAGAACACAAGAAAGUGAAGUCCACUAGGGAUUUUGUUGCUUUUUCUGAACUUCCAACUACUCCCUCUGGUGGAUUUUUUCAGGGUAUUUCUUUUCCUGAAAUUUCCACCCGUCCUCCUUUGGGCAGGACUGAACUACAGGCAGCUAAGAAAGUACAUACUCCUAAGGGAGACCCACCUAGGGAACCUCUUAAGACCACAACCUUGCCUGGCAAGGGACAGAUGCAGAAGUUAGCCCGUGGAGGGAGUUUGUUUACUUCCUCCAAGUCUAGCCAUGACAGUUGUUUAGAGAGAAGUCCUUCGUCAUCUUCUCAGCAUGAACUCACUGCCAUGGUCUCUACUGCAGCUUCUCCUUCAGUGAUUAAAGAAACCACUACUACUUACUGUAAAGACAUAGUGGAAAAUAUUUACCAUGGAGGAAAAAGUGGAAUUCAGCCAUUAUGUACUGAAAAGGCCAAUAUUUCAGAUCAGUCAAUUCUGUCCAGCGAAAGGGAAAUACUAGAGGAGUGUAGGAGAUCGCAAGUACUUUCUCCGCCACUUGCUCAGGCAAUCAGAGAUUAUGUCAAUUCUCUGUUAGUCCAGGGUGGGGCAAGCAGUUUGCCUGGGACUUCUAACUCUGUACCCACACUGGAUAUAGAAAAAAUAUGUAAGAGAAUUGAUCCAUCUAAAUUUCAAGAAACGGAAUCCCUGUCUCCUCCACGAAAACUCCCUAGACUCAGUGAGAAGGCAGUAGAGGAAAGGGAUCCAGGUUUGUUUGUGGCAUCUCAGAGUAGUCCUGGAUCUGCACAGAUGUCUGCUUCUGCCAAAAUGGUUGUCUCUCGUGCACUUACUACCUUAGGCAUAGAAAUGUCUAAGCAGUCGCAGCAUGAUAAAACAGGUGCCUCAGAACUGUCUUUUCCUUUCCACGAAUCUAUUUUAAAAGCAGUUGAAGAGGAGUGGCAGCAAAUUGACAGACAACUACCUUCACUGGCAUGCAAGUAUCCAGUUUCUUCCAGAGAGGCAACGCGAAUAUUAUCAGUUCCCAAAGUAGAUGAUGAAAUCCUGGGGUUUAUUUCUGAAGCCACUCCACCAGCAGGUAUUCAGCCAGCCUCCGCUGAGUCCUGCGAUAAACAUUUGGACUUAGCGCUCUGCAGAACAUACGAAGCUGCAGCAUCAGCGCUGCAGACUGCCACCCACACUGCCUUUGUAGCCAAGGCCAUGCAGGCAGACAUCAGUCAGGCUGCGCAGAUUCUUAGCUCAGAUCCUAGUCAGGUACCCCAGGCACUUGAGAUUCUAAGGAGAACGUAUGAUGCAGCUUCGUUUCUCUGUGAAGCUGCAUUUGAUGAAGUGAAGAUGGCUGGCUGUACCAUGGCAUCUUCCACUGCUGGCCGCCGGCAUCUCUGGUUGAAGGACUGCAAACUUAGUCCAGCUUCUAAGAGUAAGCUGACUGCUGCUCCCUUCAAAGGUGGCACUUUAUUCGGAGGAGAAGUGCACACAACAGUUAAAAAGCGUGGGAAUAAACAGUAAUGUGGUUAAGAGCAAAGACAGCUGUCUUAUUUUUGAUAUGGAAAACUUAGGAGCUUUUUUAUGAGUCUCAGGUACCUUUAAGGUCAUUUUGGUCUCCAUAUUGGGCUGAUUUCUAAUUGUUAAACUUCUACUCAUUAUAGCAGAAAAGUUAUUCCCUAUGUAGAAUUGCUCUAUUUUUCCUUUCUCCUUUUUUUUGAUAGGUUUUUGCAAACAUAAGCUUAAUAGCUCACAUAUUUGUCUCACUGUUUUCUCCUUACUUACACUUUCACAACUCUUCAAAACUAAGCAUAUUCCACUAACUAAAAUAUAAGUAGUCUGCACUUUUUAUAGUAUCAUAUGCAUGUUCUGUUAUACCUAGGAUAGAAAUAAACACAUAUUCAAAAUAAUGCUUUUUUCUCUUUUUUGGUGCUCACAUCUUAAGUAUCUUCACGUUCUAGACCUUGUCCACACUUUGUUUGCUCGGACCUUCUUGCUUUUGUUUGUUGCUUACUCGUGUAUGGAACAUUAUGAUACCCUAGAUAAAGAAAACUGCUAGUCCACAAACUAUUGCUGGUCCACAGACAGUCAUGCACAAGAGCUGAAAUCUGAGGGGUUGAGGGUGUCGCUCAGUGGUUAAGAGCAUGUGCUUAGCAUGUGAGAGGAACAUGUUCAAUCCCUCCCUCCCCAAUUUUUUUUAAUAAAAUAAAGGAAUUUAAACCUAGAGGUACUUUUUUUAGGCCAAUGCCAGGGUUUAUUUUUGUAGUGAACUUUACUGUUAGUGAAGACAGUGUACGGGUUUACAUCUGGAUGCAGGGGCCUUUUCUCUUCUAGGAUAGGUAGUUAACAGUUAGCAGACUAUACCAGUCCGAGGACCACACUGAGGAGCACUGCUCUGGGUGGUAGAUUCUCUGCGCAUGCUCACUCACUGUUAUGCUUUGUUAGGUGAGCUAGACACUGAAAAGGUGGGGCCUCUUUCUUUUCCUUUCAAGGUAUGUUAUAUUUCAUGGGGAUUUAGAUCAACAGUCUAGAUGCUGAGAGCAAAUUUCUGUCCUUUUUUUGUAUUAAAGCCUUAAAUCAUACCAUAUCUGAGUGUCUAUGUUUGUAUAAAGCAAUGUAUUAUACUGUUUUCAUUUCUAUGAUUGUAAGGCAAGAGAGUCUGUAGCAGAGACAUUGUGGAAAAUAGUCUUAAGCAUAACCAAAUAUGGUCCCUCGCAUACUUCUAGCCAUUACCAUUGACUACACCUUCCAUCUUUGCAGCUUUUUGGAAGUAAUUUUAUUUGUUACUGUCUUCUGCAAUGUACAUGUGUACAUGUACCUACUAAGUGCUGUGUGAUUUUUAAAAUGUAUUCCUGUAGAAUGCUUCUACAAAUUCAAUAAAGUUGUUAAAUUUCAA